CCGGGAUUCCGCGAAAUAGGUUCUCUAAGAAGAGCACUCUGAAAUGUUGCUCAAGAUCUAACAGAAACAUGUGAGUCAGGAUCGUGAGUAAGUGCUGCCGUAUCCUGUUUCGCGCAACCGCUUCUUCAUUUUAGAAAUAUUGUCUGUGAAUAAAAAAUAAGGACUUUCAUAAUUGCCUGGUGAGGCACUACACGAGUAUUUUUUUAGGUUUAAAAUGUACCCUGCUUCUUUUGAAACACACUGAAAGGAGACACGUGUGAAGGCAGUAGCAGAUGGGACUUCUGAGAGCCACAUGCUCUCAGAAGAGAAGUCAGUGCUAGUUCGUGUCUGCACUUCGGUGAACGCAUACAUAAGAAUACACAGAAGACAUGUCGGAUGUUGACUUUGCUGCCGAGUGUCUGGUUUCCAUUUCCAAUCGAACAGCGGUACAUCCUUGCCCUGAUCUCAUGAUGUCUGAGGACAUUCCGAAAGAAACUCAGGAAAACAGAGCCAUACUCAUGGCUGCCAUGAUUUUGCUGGAUUUAAACAAGCGCAGUCCCCUUACGGCUAUCCGCAGUGUUGCCGCGAACACUGCCAAAACCGCGAGUGGACUCACCUCCGAGGGCGCCGUGAGCAAGCACCGGGAGGCCCGAGCGACCCGGGUGAGCGGCGACAAGGAGAAGCCGCUGGGUUUCAGACCGACCUCGGGCAACGAGCUUACUGGGUCCCGCCUGCCUUCGGGGAAGAGGCACUGCUGCCCCCACGCAGGAUGUGGGAAAAUCUAUGGGAAAUCGUCCCAUUUGAAAGCUCACUUCCGAGUCCACACCGGCGAGAGGCCCUUCCAGUGCACCUGGGCUGGCUGCUUCAAGAAGUUCUCUCGUUCGGACGAGCUGACGCGACACCAUCGCACGCACACCGGCGAGAAGAGGUUCCGCUGCCCGCUCUGCGACAAGUGCUUCAUGCGGAGCGACCACCUGACCAAGCACGCCCGGCGCCACGCCGACUUCCACCCCAGCAUGAUCAAGAAGGCCAGCUGGAGGACGCGGUCGUCCGGCUCCUGGUCUUCCUCUGAGUCAGGGGAGCAGGGCCCUGCCAGCCGCUGAGCUCCGCCUGCAGGAGGCGAUUGCGGCACAGCACCACAACCAGACCAACACAAGGGAGUAAUGAGGCCUCCACGUGGAGGGACAGACACCAUUGGCAGUUAACUGUUCCUCCCUGUUUAUCUUUAAUUCUUCAUCUUCUUUGAUCCAGGAUCUAAUAAAUGGGAUUGAAGGAGCAUCUUAAAGGGAGCAUAGAUCUGGACAAUGCCUAACCUUUCUGCACAGGGCAUAUAUCUGCUUUUCACAUUUGAAGACUGGACUGCAAUGUGUUCGAGGUCAUUACACAGGAGAGCUCUGUCUCUUAGGCACAGAUAAAGAGUUGUUUAAAUAAGA